CUUGGAAAUUGUUGAUCAGCGGAACUGAGCUUGCACUAUAGACCUACUGCACUGACAUGUUAUCCUCUCCGAGCGGUUUUACUGAAUGUCUGCAGGAAUGGGGCGAUCUGGACAAGGACUACCAGCACCUCCAGGAGAUCCACCGGCUGUACAAACAGAAGCUGGAGGAGGUGACCAAACUACAAAAUAGCUGCUCCACGGUCAUUGCUAGGCAACGCAAGAAAAUCAAAGAGCUCACGACCUCACUCGAGGAAUGUAAAGGGAACCCCCUGCCGGCCCAGCUCAGCCCUGAUGACGUCCUCACCAUCACAGAGAUCGAGGAGAGCAUCAGCGAGAGGAGCGGGGCCUUCCUGGAGAUGGAAGCUUUCCUGCCAAAGAAAAACGGGUUGUACUUGAGUCUGGUUUUAGGAAAUGUCAACGUUACACUCCUCAACAAACAGGCAAAAUUUGCCUACAAAGACGAGUACGAGAAGUUUAAACUGAUCCUCACCGUCAUCCUCCUCGUCUUCUCCUUCACCUGUCGAUUUUUGUUCAGCUACAGAGCUUUAGACGCCAUGUUUAACUUCCUGCUGGUGUGGUAUUACUGCACACUGACCAUUAGAGAGAGUAUACUCAUCAACAACGGCUCCAGAAUCAAAGGCUGGUGGGUUUUUCAUCAUUACGUGUCGACAUUCCUCUCUGGGGUCAUGCUCACAUGGCCUGAAGGAGUACUUUACCAGAUGUUCAGAAACCAGUUCCUCACGUACUGCAUGUACCAAAGUUUUGUCCAGUUCCUUCAGUACUAUUAUCAGAGUGGCUGUUUGUACAGACUACGGGCGCUCGGAGAGAGACACAACAUGGACCUCACAGUGGAGGGAUUCCAAUCCUGGAUGUGGAGAGGUCUCUCAUUCCUGCUGCCAUUCUUAUUUUUUGGUCAUUUCUGGCAGUUUUACAACAGCAUAACUCUCUUCAAGAUGGCCCAGUUACCAAAUUGUAAAGAAUGGCAGGUGGUGAUGUGUGGCUGCUCGUACGCGGUCCUCUUCAUGGGAAACUUCUUCACCACGCUGAGAGUGGUUUACCAGAAGUACAUGAACAACCAGGACAAGUCCAAAAGCUUAUAAACAAUGAAUGUGACCCAGAAUCACGCACAGCGCCCUCUAGUGUAUGGGUUUUCACACCAGUAAUCGAGUGCUUUGUUUACGUUGAGUCCUGUGGAUUUCAAAGCUUUCUGAAAAUUAUAUGUAGCUCAGUGUUACUGAUGUUUUUAAGUGUUCCUAAUUCUGGGAAUGCUACGGUGAGUGUGUCCAAUAAAACACUCCAAAAGGAAA